CUGCGUUCUGCCUGUUGGAUCUUAGUCCAAUCUGCGGUAUGUAUCGCAACAUCGGUGCGAAGGUUUCGAAGUCUCGUAGUCAGGUAGCUUCGUCGGUCUCGGAAUCAACCAGUAUCGCUAAAGGUGUGGUCGGUCAUCUCUGAAUCAGGUAGCUUCGUUCACACGACGAAAUAAUGGCGGUAUGCCGCCACGGACGUCGGUCGAAGUGAUUUGUAUAAGACGCAAGUCGAACUUGUGCUUGUGGGCUUGAAGAAUAUUCGGAUGCACUAGAAGAGGGCCGUAUUCCUCAUGUUUGUUCGGUGUUGCUUUCUGCGUCAAUUUUGAUUUUCGGUUCGUCCACUAAAAUGGAAAAGCGCGACGAGGUGUUUGUCGUAUGAUCAUGAUGUCUGCAGCCACCACUCCUACAUUUCCCGCGAUGUUUUUGGGCCAAUGAAUAUUAAAAAAAUCUUUGGACAAAGAGACGACAGCUCUCGGAACCCGCUUCGCUAAACUGACAAGUUACAAGAGAAAGAAGUCGUAUUGCUUUUUCAACAAUAAAUUCCCCUUAUGUAGUCCCCAGCUGCCCUAGCACCCCCGCUAGGUGGUUUUCUUUACGAUCACUUCCUGAUUUUGGUUUGCUUUUUAUUCUUUCGAUAACCAAUUUCCUCCUUGGCAAUGACUACUAUCCGUACAAGGUGUAGUCUACUUGCUACCGCGGCGCGAGCAACCCGACUCGUAGCCCUUUUCAUCGAGCUGGACCGGCACGGAGUAGGUGUAGCCGCCACGGCCGCGGGAAUGCAGCCCUGGUGGAAGCAUGCGCCCCUCUACUCGAGCUACGACGCCCUAGCAACGAGAUUCACGCUGACGUAUCUGUUCGAGUUGACAGCAGGUCCGAAUCAAUGCAGCUCCGAUAAAAAAUUCUGGGCAUCCGAAGUAGAACCUUUGCUGGAAGACGGCCUAAUCGAGUAUGUCAAGGCGGAACUUCACCAGAAGUACCACGAUUUUUCCGCUUUUUCAACCACGGCGCCGCUGGCUGAACUGAAGUAUCGCCCGUCGUUUUCAGACCUUGCGAAAGGCACCAUCUUCCCGAGCGGCGUCAGGUUUCAGCUAAGAUCACGGGAGGCCAGUUGUGGAGGUAAUGGCGUGAAUAACGCCGGGAACGGCCAGGGCUACUUCAGGCACCUUUUGCUGAGUAUUCAGUGA